CUGUACCAAGUCCGCAGUCUCUGGUCAUCUCCUGUAGUACAUCCGCAGUCUCUGGUCAUCUCCUGUAUACAUCCGCAGUCUCUGGUCAUCUCCUGUACUAUGUCCGCAGUCUCUGGUCAUCUCCUGUACUACAUCUGCAGUCUCUGGUCAUCUCCUGUACCAAGUCCGCAGUCUCUGGUCAUCUCCUGUACCAAGUCCGCAGUCUCUGGUCAUCUCUGUACCAAGUCCGCAGUCUCUGGUCAUCUCCUGUACCAAGUCCGCAGUCUCUGGUCAUCUCCUGUAGUACAUCCGCAGUCUCUGGUCAUCUCCUGUAGUACAUCCGCAGUCUCUGGUCAUCUCCUGUAGUACAUCCGCAGUCUCUGGUCAUCUCCUGUAGU